AUGGAAGAAAAUGAAAGCAUAACUAAUUUCUUCACAAGGGUUACGAAACUGGUGAGUCAAAUUAAGGUAUGUGGAGAAGUGCUGACAUCAAGAUUAGUUGUGGCAAAAAUCUUGAGGUCAUUGGCUCCAGAGUUAGACCACGUGGUAGUAGCCAUAGAAGAGUCGAAAGAUUUAUCAAUAUUCAAAAAGGAAGAGCUUCAAGGGAUGCUUGAAUCUCAUGAACAACGGCUGAAAGAGCUGCAGGAAAGUAGAGGAAGAGGUGGUGGUCGAAAGCCUGACAAAAGUCACAUUCAGUGUUUCAAUUGUCAGAAGUAUGCUCACUAUGCUAGUUAUUAUUUAAAAAAACAAAAGAAUCAACAAAGUGAUACAAAGUUUGCAAAACAUGAAGAAGAAGAGACGAUGUUGGUGGUCACAACAAGAGAUGAAGAGAGAUUCAAGUACCAAUGGUACUUGGACUCAGGAUGCUUGUCACACAUGUCUGGAAAGAAAGAUUGGUUUGUCAACAUAAAACCCCCAAUGAAGGCCAUGGUGAAAUUUUCAAAUGACAACACUCUAGCAGCUGAAGGUAUUGGAGAUGUUAUGAUUAUAGGGACAGAUGGCAAAAGGUCAAUAAUUUCCAAUGGUUUGUACAUACUAGUCAUGAAGAGCAAUUUGCUCAGCAUAGGGCAAUUAGUCAAAAAGAACUAA